CACGUUCGUACAUUUUCGUGUCUUAAACUACACUAAAGAUACAAAUUAUGCCUACUAAGGAGGAGCUGUAUUCAGUAUUAUGGAUAGUGCAUAAGGUCCAGGUGCCCACUGCCAUCAUUGGAUUAUGUGGAAAUGUUUUGGUGUGCCUGACGAUAUUGAAAACCAAAGCAUUGCACAAUGUCACCAACUACAUGCUCCUCAAUCUGGCAGUAGCUGAUAUCAUUGUAGUAUUUCACAGUAUACUGGGACCAACGACUAUGGAAACUCAUCGUCGAAGGAUUGGUAAAUUUGAUUAUUGCACUCCAUCCUUCAUCUACAAUUUUACGGUCUUCUUCAUGUUUGUGUAUCUCAAGAAAAUUUCUUUUGCAAACUCUGUUUUUAGUUUGACUCUAGCAACUUUCGAACGUUACAUUGGCAUCAUUAAGCCUCUGCAUUACUCAACCUUCUUCACCAAGAGACGACUGAUCAUCAUGCUACUUUUUGUUUGGUUGGUUCCAUUUCUGACAGAGGCAUACACUCCAAUCUUCUACAUCCCAACUUACAUACAAGAUAACUGUAAGAUACCAUCGUUGAAGAACUAUCCUGUGGUUAUAACUUCAGGUAUUCUGAGUUUCAUCUUUACCUUUGUUAUACCAUCCACUGCAUUGGCCUUCAUGAAUAUGAAGAUCCUAAUUAAUCUGAAGCAAGGUGCAAGGCAUCUUGAGAACCAAGGAAUCCAGGGCCCACCUCAAGAGUUGCUGCGAGCUCACAAGAAAGUCACCAAAUCUCUUCUGCUGGUGGUUGCAGCUUUCUUCAUCCUAAUGUUACCUAGCCACAUUCUUACCAACAUCAUCGUGUACUCAAACUUGUUUAAUCAACGUUACAUUAUCGCUGAGUUACUGACCCAGAGUGUUAAGAUGCUGGAAUUGCUGAAUUCUACUGUAAAUCCCAUCCUGUAUGGCUUCAAGUACAAUCAACUACGCCAAUCUUGCAUCACAAUGGUAUGUCCAUGCAUCCGUUCAAAUCAAGUUCAUAGCAUCCAAGUGACCACUUAACUAGUUAUCAGGAGGAACAACUGCAUGUUUCACAAAACUCCCAAAGGUACUCGGUUUUUCCUUUCUAUGUAGCCUACAUGUACACGUAAUGUAUAUCUACCACAUAAAGGUAAAUGUUUACUUUCAACUUAACUUAGGCAUUCAUUACCUUUAGCACCCUGUUCCCCUAUUAAGGAAACAAAGUCCACCUUUUUGAAACAACUUAAUAAGUUGGGCGUGAUGGCCUCUCAUAUCAGAAAGAAAGAGGACGGGGCUCUGGUUUUGAGGGAAGUUAUGGGAUAGAGUGUAAAUGACGCAAUGAAGAGCAGUAAACGAAGACGAAUUAUAGUGAAUGUAGUCUGGUUCC